AUGACGCUCGCGUGGCCCGUUUUAACGUGCGGCGACGACGCGUCGACCAACCCGCUUCCCGUGCUCCAGGAGCUCCGACAGCUUGUGGCACUCGGGCUGCGCGUCGAGCUCCGUCAGCGCGCGACGCGGCGCCACCACCUCGAGCUCUUCCACGCGCUGUAUGCUGGUAACAUUACCCUCGUGACUCUCCAGCUCGCGCGUGACCGGGAGUUCGAGCUUGGCGAUUGCGAGACACUCGUGGACCUCACGCUCUCGUUGCCAGCGCUCACGUCGCUUAUACUCCACGUGCCCAACGCCGACGUGACGGCGCCAAUCAUGCAACACGCCGUGCAGCGCCUUGUCGCCAGCACCUCCGUGACCUCUCUGCAGCUCCAGAUCGACCCAAGCGCGAAUGCGCACCUUGAGUUUGCGCCGGCCCUCGCCACGUGGCUGCGCCAGGCGAAUGACCCCGGCUGCCGUCGCCUCGUGCUGGACGCCCCGCUCGUGCACGACCAAUCGACGCUCGAGCCCGACGAGUUACACGACGUCCUCGACGCGUUGAGCGCCUCGUCGCUGCAAGAGCUCGACGUGCACCGUCGGUGUCGUCUCGGCACUCUGCGGUACCUUGUGCUUCCGAGAGGUCUGCGCCGCCUCCGCUGGCACGUUGCCACCGACGACGCCAUGGCGUUGAAUGCAUUCGCACUCGCCCUUGUCGACCUCGAGUGCCUCGACUACCUCGACACCAACGCCAUCGACGCGCUCCAGCACGACCCGCGCUUGCAACCGCUCUUGGCCCGCGUGGUUGUCCCGCACCGGCGAAAGCGCUGCAAGAAGCCGUAG